AUGUCGAUGCAAAAGAAUACCAACGACAUGUUGAGUAUUUUUGAUGUCCUCAACAUCAAAACGAAACUGAAGAGGCUCAACAAACCGCGUCUCCUUCUUGCCCUCUAUGCUGAGCCCAAGGAUUCCGGAUCCCCUCACUACGCGCUGUUUGUCACCCCAAAAUUCAAAGGUCGAAGUCAGAAUCCACAGAAAGAAAUCGAGCCGAUUCAAGGCACAAAGUACCACAUUAAACGCGGCGUCAAACGAACUGACGGCGUGAUCACCCACCCAUGGUGCUUUGAAGAGGUGAACGUGCCCGACCUUGACCGCGACACUGGUGUACUCGUGUGUACUGUCAUUGGAAAGGUUCUAUCGAUGCAAAAGCUGAAGGAGGUCAUCCCGGAUAUUCACAUCUACCAGAGUGACGAUCGCAUACAAUUCAAAGCACGCGGCUUUGACAGCAAGAUGUGGUGCCAUGAUACAUUCGAUGAGUUAUGGAAGACAAAUGCAGUUGUUGCCAUGGACUGGCGUACAGCUGAGGGUGGCACACGAGCUUUCUUGGAUCAGAAGCAUGGCAAGGGGCAGUGGACCCAAGCCAUUACGAAGGAAUAUCGCAACACCCCAUAUGUUCCCAUUGUUGACCUUAUGGCUGGAAGUAUUGUCAGAGGUCAUAUGUAA